AUGCUGUCACUCAUCCUGACUAUCUUCUUCGUCCAUGUCGCCAUAUAUCUGGUGAACACGGCAGGUGCCAGCACCAUUGACACUGCGCUAUGGGCCUUAUACCUGAAGCUCCCUACCUCGACGGCGAAGAAUGCCCGCGAGCAAAGCCGGCUCAAGCGCGAGGUCGUCCAGCUGAACCGCGAGAUGAACAACACCAGUUCCCAGGACGAGUUUGCCAAAUGGGCAAAGCUGCGAAGGAGACAUGAUAAGGCCAAGGAUGAAUACGAGACAAUCAACCAAGCGCUUACGAGCCAGAAAACCUCCUUCGACUGGGCUGUCAAGAUCGCUCGCUGGCUCAGCACCAGCGGCCUCAAGAUCUUCCUGCAGUUCUACUACUCGAAAACGCCCGUCUUCGCGCUCCCCGCCGGCUGGUUCCCGUCUAUCGUCGAGUGGAUGCUCUCUUUUCCCCGGGCCCCUCGCGGUUCGGUGAGCGUCCAGGUCUGGAAUAGCGUCUGUGCGACAGCAAUCGCAGUCAUGGCAGAGAUUUUCGCUGCCAUGUUGGUGCGCAUGAGAGGUCAGGCAGCUGCUCGUACUCCGGCGGCGAAGGCUCAAAAAACGCAAUGA